CGGAAUUUAUGUUUGUAAAUUUUUAAAUAGGAACUAGACUCCAAAGACUAUUUCAAGCUUGGUUUGAAAGCGCGAUGUACAUUUUCGUACUUCCACUCCCAUAAUGCACCUGUGACGCUCACUUCCCCACAAGCUGCGAGCCACUCAGCAGCAGGUAAACAAACCCAUCUGACAGGGACGCCGAGCCAAACAAAAGCGUAUGCUCUGCACGACCGUCUUGCAUUUUUAAUGGCGAGAAGAUGACAGACGAAAAACAGGAGAUACGUCUGCUAUCACCCGUUUAAUACAACGAAAUCCACGAAUUGUUGCUCAACGGAGAGACGUCUCGACGACACAGACGAGUGUAACGUGCAGCCGAAAGGCGCCUGUCGACAUCUGCGCAUGAUGCAUUGCAGCACUUUGGAGAAAAUUGGUGUUUUCAGCCUGAUUCUCAGAAUACAGCAUCUGAUCCGAGAUGUCGGCUGGGUUCUUUAGCCACCGUAGCGUUCAGUUGUGUUGGACUCAGAUCAGCAUCCCUGCUGCUCACCUGCAACAUGGGCCCCAUCAUGCAGGAACGCACGGCAUCCACGACACUGAAGCGCGUCGUCUCCAAAGAGAAGAUUCGGGUAAAACACACUGAGAACAGCGUACAAGUAACCAGUUCAAAGAAAGGUAAUAAGAUGAAGAAAGCAGUGAGCCAAAUGACAAAUGGCCCGGCAGCAGUUCAGGAUAAGGACAUAGUGACAGCAGUGCAGAAGGGUGCACAGCCAAAACGCGACCGGGUCAAAUCUGGGGCCACACGGAGCACAAGCAAACUCUCCAGUCCCGAGGAAGAAGGAGACUUGAGACUUCAGCUUCGCAAACAGGCCUCCGUGCAGAGGAAACAGGAGCGCCGUGAAAAUCACCGGGUGCCACAAUGCAGCGUUGAGCUGCACCAGAAUCGUGGGGGGAUGGGGAGGAAUCGGCCAGCGCUCUCCCUGCCCCUGUCCCCGAUAUCAGGGCUACGACACAUGCCAGCACACCCCCUGACCCACUCCCCGGCCCCCACGCUCACGCCGGAAGCACUGCAACAGCACUACACCCAGAAGGAUGAAGACACUGAUAGUGCCAGCGAUCUGUCUGACUCUGAGAGGCUGCCUGUACUGCCCUCCCCCUGCACCCCCUGCACCCCUCCCCACCUCAACCUCCGGGCAGAGGUCAUCAAUACGAAUGACUUUCCUCCGGACUUCCCGGGGCCCCGCGGGACUGUGGGCGAUGAAGAUGACAGUGAGAAGCCCCUGUACAGUUACCCAGACUUUCUUCCUCCCCCCUUCAACAGCUGGAGCCUGAGACAGCUGGCGAUGUUUCUCCACACAGAGGGCCGCGGUGCCCCGAGGCCAAAGCCUGUCGGGCCCUUGGAAAAGUACCUGGAGAGACUGCUGCAGUUGGAGUGGCUCCAGAUCCAAACCGUGCAGGCAGAGAGCAGCCGUCCGCCUGGGAGCCGCGCGAGGCCGCAGAGCUUCCCCUCCUCCAACACCGCUCACCAACCCAGGCCUCACACAGCUCCACCGUCCCGGCUCAACUCCCCCAAAGGGCUGCGUCAAAGCCAGCGAGCCUUUCCAUUUACACCCGUCAACAACCCUCCAUCACCCGCCUCAACGCAGUACCAGCUCUCCCGCCUCCCUGUUUGCCCCCACUGUCACAUUCGCUACCCACUGUGCAAUGGAAGCUGCUCCGCCUAUGCCUAUCAGCGCCACUCGCGGCUCAGCCCGCUGCUGGAGCGCAGGGCCCGGCCCGGGGCGCCGGUAAAGCGGAGCAGCAGCGAGACCCGAGCGACCUCCACAGAAGGCAGGAGCCCGGGAGGACAGGGCGGAGGAGGAGCGCAGACCCCGGUUAGCCCCUCAGCUGGAAGGAGUCAUCUCAGGCACAUGCAGGCUGCAGGUAACGCCCGCAAGCACCCGCAGGAGUCCGGAGGUAACUCGAACGGUAGAGGACAGGUGAGGAAGAGUCGCGUCAGAGCAAACUCUGAAACAGAUGUUAAAAAGGAGCCCGGCGGCAAUAAAGCGCCUGGUGCAGAAAAACGGGGUUUUGCUGUAGGUAAGAGAGAGGUCACGUCUAAAAGAGUGGAGAAGGACUGGCAGAGGACAGAGGCAGGAGGUCAGGCGAAGAGCACGAUGAAAAGAGCUGCUAAAGAGCCGCAGUCACUCUCCAAAGCGCCACUUAGUAGUAAGCAGAACGGCAAAUCAAAAAAUGUGCACUUUGUUGCAAAAUAAGCUGCAUAAACCUUCAGUACAGUGCUUUACUCACUGCUCUUUGGUACUGAAGCUUAAACAUGUGCUUGCUUUGAGUGUCAUCUGUUUGAUACUAACACAUUUUAACUGUUGUACAGCAGCCGGUCAGUCAGUGUACAGUCUGCAAAGGGUCAAAACCAUCUGAGCAGGUAGAAUACAGACAAGCAGUGAAUAUGUACUUUAUAAGAACAUGACUCAAAUAGUACAGGAAUCAUCCAGUCAUAAUGGUUGAGUGUGUUUUGACACGUUAAGACUUUACCAGGGUUCUAAAAGCAGCUUAUACUGUGUGUCAGCUAAACUCCCAUGCACUGUCAUCUCACUAUGCUACUAACGCUAAAGUAGAAAUAAAAUAAGCGUCUUCUAUACAGUCAGACAGCUUUCAGCACGCGUAAUCCCCAGUGAAGUCUAACACACAUUCUACAUUUUAGUCAUGGAAUAAAGCCGUGGCCAUGUCUAGUAGAGUUUUAGAUGUUGGAAUGUAUUUGUUUUAAAUGCUCUUAAUUUACUUGCGGUUGCUUUGUUUUAUCCUUUCAUUGGUGCCUCAUGUUGUAAGACAAACCAAAUGUUCUGUUGCCGAGGGAGCAGGAGGUGCAACAAGAGGCAAAUUCAUUUGUUUCAGAUAUAUUUGUGCAAUGGUUUAAUUUAGGUUUUUUAGUUCCAAGGGCUUUUCAUGUUCCAACAGCUUGAAUUGUAGUCUAUGAUAAUAUACUGUAUUUUGCAUAGAGCUGAGCUCUUUCUAUCCCUGAAGAUGGUGUAAUGUUUGCUACGAAUGUAAAUGCAUAUUUUUCCAAAUUUUAUAUGCCAUAGUUAUAUUUAUGAGAAGUGUUGUGGUUGACUUGUGUUGAUUGUCAUUGUAACGUCCAUGUUUUCAUGCACAAAAAGAAACCUAUUUAGUAAAAUACUUGAAUGUAACUCUGUCUGCUGUGCUGUACCGUAGGACACUCGAGGGACAUCAUGGCUGUUAGACUGUAACAUGGUACUGUUAUACAUAUCACCUCCAUCUCCUCACUGUAUACUUGAAGUCUUUAGAGCACUGUGUUUACAUUUGUUUGUCUCAACUGCUUCUUGUGAUUUACCAUGUGCAUUUAUUCAUGGGAACACUCCAUCAAUGUAAAUGAUGUGAUACAUCUUCACAUACAUGUCUUUACUUAAUACUCAUGUAAAGUGUCAAAGCCAUAGAUACGUGGCCAAGGGAGGCAAUAUUCUAAGAGUGUACAUUAAGUUGACAUGCACGCAGAAAGAUUGUGGUACUGUAUGUAUUUUCUCAAUGUUGAAUGCAAGUAUUUGUAAGGCAUAGAAAUAAAUGUUUUGCACACAA